AUGACUUAGAAAAACUUUUCGCUAGGUACCGAAGAGGUACCCUAGAAUUUUCCCGUAGGAUAUAGUAUAAAAACCAAAGGCGGUCCGACAUGGAACAACCACCGGCGAGUAAAAUGGGAGUGAGAAAAUUGAGAUUGCUUCUUCAUAUGCUCUUCUUCUUUUCUUCAUCUUUAAGUCCUUCGCAAACCCGUCUGGUUUCAGCGUCCAAUCAAGCGAUACGUGGACGAGAGAUGAUGGUAGUUAAUCGGAGAGGAGGUGGUGGCGGUCACGGUGGCGGUGGAGGCGGUGGGCGCGGUGGAGGUGGAGGGAGUAGUGGGCACGGUGAAGGCGGUGGAUCAAACGGUAAAGCCAAGGGGUUGGCGGCAGCCGGAGUAGUGCCGUUAUACGCAGCUGGUGCCUUGAACCAUCAAAACUACAACCACCAAAAGAAUCCCCACCACCAUGGUUCUAAUAGCUGCACCACCAACUACAACAUUGGCCUCCCUCAGUUUGUUUUUCCACUCUUCGGCCUUUCUUUUUCUCUUUCUUAUUUGUUAUUUCCUUCUAGAGUUGUGUGAUGUUAAAACAUGGAUGGAUUCACUAUUCCCAUUCCUUAUUUCUAUGAAACGUGUUUUUCAAGAAAUGGAACACUGCUAUUAAUAAAGAUUUAGGUGGUGUUUUUUUUUUCGGUCUAAAUAAAA